AUGGCUCUACUCGACUCUCUCGACUUUAUUGUUCUGGUGCUGGUGGGCGUGGCCACCCUGGCCUUUUUCACCAAGGGCAAGUUGUGGGCCAAGGAGCCCGAGACGGACCCCUAUGCAGGUGGUCUGGGCUCGCAGGGCUUCGGAUCCACCACCUCGUUCGGAUCGUUCGGAGGCAACUCCAACAAGACCCGAGACAUUACCAAGAAGCUGGAGCAGACCGGCAAGAACGUGAUCAUCUUCUACGGCUCGCAGACCGGAACUGCCGAGGAUUACGCCAACCGACUGUCCAAGGAAGCAACCCAGCGAUAUGGCCUCAAGUCCAUGACCGCCGAUCUCGAGGACUACGACUACGAGAACCUCAACUCACUGGGCGACGACAUUGUCGUGGGUUUUGUCAUGGCCACUUACGGCGAGGGAGAGCCCACCGAUAACGCUGUCAACUUCUACGAAUUCAUCAACGACGACUCUUCCGAGUGGGCCGAAUCCGACGAGCCCUCUGCCGACCCCGACUCUCCCCUGUCUUCUCUCAACUACGUCAUUUUCGGUCUUGGAAACAACACCUACGAACACUACAACGAGAUUGGCCGAAACCUGGACAAGCGACUCAAGAAGCUGGGCGCCAAGCGAAUUGGUGACUACGGCGAGGGUGACGAUGGACAGGGCACCAUGGAAGAGGACUACCUCGCCUGGAAGGACGACCUCUUCUCCGCCUGGAAGGAGGCCAAGGGUCUGGACGAGCAUGAGGCCAAGUAUGAGCCCUCCGUCAAGAUCUCCGAGACCGGCGAGACCGCCUCUUCCGAGGACUCCUCUUCUGUUGCUGAGCCUGAUGCUGAGGCCAUGUCUGUGUACCUGGGUGAGCCUAACAAGAAGAUUCUCCGAGGCGAGAUCAAGGGCCCCUACAACGCCGGUAACCCCUUCCUGGCUAACGUUUCCGAGACCCGAGAGCUGUUCCACGACCCCAAGCGAUCCUGUAUCCACGUCGAGUUUGAUGUUGGCACCAACGUCAAGUACACCACCGGUGACCAUCUUGCUCUGCACAUUCAGAACUCCGACGAAGAAGUUGAGCGAUUCCUCAAGGUCAUUGGUCUCUGGGACAAGCGACACAAUGUCAUCAAGGCCAAGCCCAUUGAUCCCACCUACAAGCCCUCUUUCCCUGUCCCUACUACCUAUGAUACUGUUGUCCGAUACUACCUGGAGAUCAACGGUGCUGUUUCCCGACAGCUGCUGGCCUUCAUUGCUCCUUUCGCCCCCACCGAGACUGCUAAGAAGGAAGCUCUGCGACUUGGUUCCGACAAGAACGCUUUUGCCGAUGAGGUUGCCAAGCACUACACCAACAUUGCCCAUGUUCUCUCCAAGCUGUCUGGCGGCGAGCCUUGGACCAACGUGCCCUUCUCCUUCCUGGUUGAGUCUCUCCCCCAUCUGAUCCCCCGAUACUACUCCAUCUCGUCCUCUUCCUUGGUGGACAAGUCCAAGAUCUCCAUCACCGCCGUGGUCGAGUCCCUUGAGGCCCCUGAGUACGCCAUCAAGGGUGUUGCCACCAACCUGCUGCUUGACAUGAAGAUCAAGAAGGAUGGUGUUGACCCCUCCAAGUCCAAGGACCCCCAGGCCGUGCACUACGAGCUGAGUGGUCCCCGAGGCAAGUUUGGGGGCCACAAGCUCCCCGUGCAUAUCCGACGAUCUAACUUCAAGCUGCCCUCUGACCCCAAGAAGCCCAUCAUUAUGAUUGGUCCAGGAACUGGUCUUGCUCCCUUCCGAGCCUUUGUCAUGGAGCGAGCUAAGCAGGCCGAAAGCGGCACCGACGUGGGUCAACAGCUUCUCUUCUUUGGCUGCCGAAACCCCAACGAGGAUUUUAUCUACAAGGAGCAGUGGGCCGGCAUUGAGAAGGAGCUCGGUGACAAGUUCACCAUGGUCACUGCUUUCUCCCGAGUCGACCCCGUCCAAAAGGUCUAUGUCCAACACCGAAUGCAGGAAUAUGCCAAGCAGAUCAACGAUCUCAUGCAACAGGGCGCCUACUUUUACGUGUGUGGAGACGCCUCGCGAAUGGCCCGAGAGGUUCAGGCCACCCUGGCCAAGAUUCUGUCUGAUCAGCGGGGCAUUCCCCUGUCUUCUGCUGAGCAGCUGGUCAAGAGCCUCAAGGUGCAGAACGUCUACCAGGAAGAUGUGUGGUAG